CGACUUCGUUUGUUGACAGUUGCGUUAGAUGAACGCUGAUUGUUGGGAGUAAAAUCGAGGAAUUCACAUAUAGAUUUUGUUUAUCAGUAAAAUUAAUUUACCAUUUGUGUUUUAGCUAAAAUUUUAUUCAGUUGCAUAUUGCAAGUGAAAAGAACAACGUUGUAAAUAUGCCCGUACCAAACGACAUCCUCAUACCUGCACACGUCAAUCCCGAUCUGGAGAAAGAGCGCAGGGCGGCCAGUUUUAGUAUUUUUGAGUUUCAGUGCUGGUGGCAAGGUGGCGCAGAAAAAUUGAAGGAAAAACGCGAAAUCGAAAACUACCUUUUCAAGGAUCUCAGAGAUGGGCACCUGCACGACUACCUCUCACAUGAAGAUCUUUACAAUCUAGCAGUGAAGGAUAUUGCCGAAGCGUCACAAAAGUUGCGCAAAUUACAAGCACUGCGCAACCCAGGCGGCAAUGAUAUCUGGCCGAAAUUACUCACCACCAACGCUGUUUAUGCAUUGGCGCCUGGUGGUCAUCCUUUUGCAACGCACAUCACAAUGUUUAUUGAUGUGAUUUUUAGUCAGGGAACACCGGAGCAAAUUGAAAAAUUUGGCAAACCCGCAGCAAACUGUAACAUAAUUGGCACCUAUGCCCAAACUGAAAUUGGGCAUGGCACAAAUGUACGCGGUAUUGAAACACGUGCUGUCUACGAUCGCAAAACCGAUGAGUUUGUGUUGAACACGCCCAAUUUGCAGGCCUAUAAAUGGUGGCCGGGAGGAUUGGGUCACACAGCCAACCACGCCAUGGUGGUAGCCCAGCUAUACAUCGACGACAAACACCACGGCAUACAAAUGUUCAUGGUGCAGCUGCGCGACUUGGAUACACAUAUGCCACUGCCGGGUGUUCAUAUUGGUGAAAUUGGCAAGAAACUUGGCAUGGCUGGUGUGAAUCAGGGAUUCCUUGGUUUCACGAAUGUGCGCAUACCACGCAUAAAUAUGCUAAUGCGCAAUGCCAAGGUACUGCCGGAUGGCACAUUUGUCGCCAGUCCGGCAUCAAGGUUGAAUUAUAUGACUAUGGUGUACACACGUUGUUUGAUUGCAAGCUUUUCAUCAGACGCACUAUUACAAGCUGCCACUAUAGCAACGCGUUACUCAGCAGUGAGGCGACAGAGUCCAAUUAAUGCUAAUGAACCCGAACCACAAAUUAUCGAUCAUGUAACACAGCAGCAUAAACUUUUCCCCGAAAUAGCCAAUGGAAUAGUCCUCUUUCUAACAGCACAAAAAGUUUGGGAAAUGUAUGAUCUUACACUAAAAGAGAUCGCUGCUGGCGAUUACGCGCGUAUGACUGAUAUGCAUAUCAUUUCGUGUGCGCUAAAGGUGCUCUCCACCACAGAUGCCUCCUUCGGCAUCGAACGUUUACGCUUGUCCUGUGGCGGUCAUGGCUAUCUGUCCUCAACUAAUUUGAGUACCAUCUACGGCAAUAUCGUGGCUGCAUACACUUACGAGGGUGAAAAUACGGUAUUGCUGCUGCAAAUUGGGCGUUACUUAGUAAAGUCUUGGUUACAGUUGACGCAAGGCAAGAAAAUGUCACAGUUAGUUUCAUAUCUGGCGGAAAUGCAUGGACAGCGUCAGAUGCUGCAGUGGAACGACUCUUGGGAGUACCUGGUUAAGUUACUGCAGUACACGGCGGCAAACAAAACUCGUCUGGCUUGCGAGAAUCUGACAAAACGUGUGGCAGCGGGGCAGACAAAAGAGGAAGCAGCCAAUAAUACAGGCAUUGAGCUAACACAGGCAGCAGAGCUUCACGGUCGUCAGUUUGUCGCCUCGGUCAUCUUACAGUAUGUCACCGGCGCUGAAUCUAAUCAACGUUCUAAAGCGCUCAACUUGGUAUUGGAGAAUAUUUUAGAACUGUAUUUAGUUCAAACUGUCUUACGCCAUAUGAACGAUAUACUGAGGUUUACUCCAAUUAACGACACCAAUCUACGCUCUCUUCAAAAUCGUCUCGAAGUAGCUUUGAAGAAAUUACGCCCUGACGCAGUAGGCAUUUGUGAUGGUUUCGAUUAUCAUGAUCGUUUACUAAACUCAACAUUAGGUAGCUACGAUGGCAAUGUUUAUGAACGCUUAUUUGAAGCGGCCAAGAAGAGUCCACUAAAUCAGAAACCCGUGCCAGACUCUUUUGAAAAGUAUUUGAAACCCUUCAUGAAAUCAAAUUUGUAAAAUUUCUAUAUAACAGCCUUAAUUAGUUUGCAAAUUAUUGUAUAUAAAUGUAUAGCAAAUGGUUAUUGUAGGUGGUGUAACUGUAGGUACAUAUGUACAAGGUGGCACAAAGUUAAUUAAUCAUCUAAUUUUGUUCUUGAAUAACUUUUGUAAUAAAUAAAAAACAAUGAUUUGGCAUGA